AAUCAUAUUAAUAAAAUGGGUCGUCACAACACGAAUUUAACCCGCCAGCCUAUUUUCACACCGGCGGUAUGGAGGCUACUGAAAGUUUUGAGAGCAAACUUUUAACGAAAUUGAAACAUCUAGCCAAUUAUUCUUAGAAUCAAUUCAAAAUAUUAUUGAGACAAGGUGAAUUAUAAAUUAUCCCGCUUAAACGACGUUGUAACUUGCUAAGUAGUGUGAAUUAAACAGAACUUUAAACUUGCCAACGGUCAAAUCUGGCGCCAAAAAUCCUAUAGUAUGAGCUUGGCCUUCUCUUCAAAACCAAAUCUCUCGUUCUUCCACUUUCUUCUAGAAUCUAACAUUAAAUCAAAAACACCAAAACCAGCACUCACAUUUUUUCGCCAGUUAUUACAAUCCGACGCGAAACCAAAUGAUUUCACUUUUUCUUUACUUUUCAAAUCCUCAGCUCCAAACCCACCAAAUUCUAGUAAAACAGAAGCAAUUCAAAUCCAUACCCAUUUAGUAAAAUCGGGUCUUGACCGCUUUAUCUAUAUAAGUACUGCUCUGUUAGAUUUGUACAUGAAAUUGGGGUGGGUUAGUUAUGCACAUAAGAUGUUUGAUUCUAUGCCUCACAGAGAUGUUGUUUCUUGGAAUGUUUUGAUUUCUGGGUAUUCACGAAAUGGGUGUGAUGUCAAUGCGUUGGAGAUUUUUAUUUACAUGAUUAAAUCGGGUUUCGUCCCGAGUCAAACUACGUUACUUGGUUUACUUCCGUCGGUUGGGUUGGUGUUUCAAGGGAAGUGUAUUCAUGGGUUUGGGAUCAAAUAUGGGCUUGAUUUGGAUUCUCAAGUGAAAAAUUCACUUAUAUCAAUGUAUGCGAAAUACAGAGAGUUGGAAGCUGCCGAAUUCCUGUUUGAAGAGAUGGUAGAUAGAAGAACUGUAGCUUCUUGGAACACUAUGAUUAGUGCUUAUGGUCAAAAUGGUUACUUUAAUGAGGCAAUGCUUGUCUUCAAACUGAUGGUAGGAGCAGGCAUUGAGAUCAAUCCUAUUACAUUUAUGAGUCUGUUGUUGGCUAAUGCUCAUCCGGAAUCUGUACAUUGUUAUGCUGUCAAAGUUGGUCUUGUCAAUGAUGCAUCCGUAAUAACUUCAUUAGUUUGUAUAUAUGCAAAAUGUGGAGGCACGAAUUCAGCAGCGUUGCUUUUCUGGUCUGUGCCGCAGAAAAACUUAGUUUCUUUGACUGCAAUCAUUUCAAGCUAUGCCGAAACAGGAGAAAUGGGUCUGGUAGUGGAGUAUUUUGCUCAUAUGCAGCAUUUGGACAUGAAAUUAGAUUCAGUUGCCAUGGUUAGCAUCCUUCAUGGGAUUACUGACCCUGUUCACAUGAGCAUUGGCCUUGCCUUUCAUGGUUAUGCUAUUAAGACCGGGCUGGUCAACUAUAAUUUGGUCAUGAAUGGGCUGAUAACUAUGUAUUCAAAGCUUGACAACAUGGAAGCUCUAUUCUCUUUGUUUUCUGAAAUGCGUGAAAAACCGUUAAUCAGUUGGAAUUCAGUUAUAUCUGGAUGUGCACAGGCUGGAAGGGCUAGUGAUGCUAUAGAGUUCUUCUGUCAAAUGAAGAUAUACGGAUGUAAACCAGAUGCCAUUACUGUUGCGAGCUUAUUGUCUAGUUGUUCGCAACUAGGAUACUUGCAAUUGGGGGAGAGAAUUCACAGUUACAUUCUCAGGAACAAAUUAGAAUUAGAAGAUUUUGUUGGAACUGCUCUAAUAGACAUGUAUACCAAGUGCGGAAGAAUUGAGCUAGCAGAAAGGGUCUUCAAUAGCAUAAAUGAACCAUGUCUAGCUACAUGGAAUACGAUGAUCUCAGGAUAUAGUUGGUAUGGCCUUGAACAUAAGGCUCUAACUUGUUACUCUGGAAUGCGAGAGCAAGGGGUAGAACCUGACGACAUCGCAUUUUUAGGAAUUCUAGCCGCCUGCACCCAUGGCGGUCUUGUUCAUGAAGGGAGAAGCUACUUUCAGAUAAUGACCAAAGAGUUUGGAUUGGUGCCAACUUUGCAACACUGUGCAUGCAUGGUUAGUCUCCUUGCUCGGGCGGGUUUGCUCGAUGAGGCAUUUUCAUUUGUAAAAGAUAUGGAGAUCGAACCUGAUUCUGCUAUUUGGGGUGCUUUACUAAGCGCUUGUCACAUCCACCAUGAGGUCAAGCUUGGAGAAUAUUUGGCCAAGAAAUUAUACUUAUUGGAUUACAGAAAUGGCGGGCUUUACGUGUUGAUGUCAAAUCUGUAUGCAGUUGCAGAGAGAUGGGAUGAUGUGGCAAGGGUGAGGGAGAUGAUGAAAAAUGCUGGAGGAGAUGGCGUUUCUGGAGUUAGCCAUAUUGAGGUUACUUCAUGGGAAGAAACUAACACUAAGGGAUUCAAUACUUCAUUUAUUGGUAAUACAAAUUCUAGGCAGGUUUUGUUUGCACAAUCAUAAGAGUUUUUUUUGGCUGAGUUCUGGCUCAUAUUUAUGGAGCCCUCUAGCAGUACGGUUACUAUUAUUUCCAAACUAAGGCUUUCUAACAAGAUAUAUAUUACAUUAGCUUUAACUA